ACUUUGCAUUUGUGGGCGGAGACUUCAGGCAUUCGGUGACGUUUCUGGCUUCGGCUCUCCCACUGACGUCUCCAUGCAAACAAGAGCCAGGCAGGAGUUAGGAUAGAAGGCUAAAACGCAUGCGCGGGUUAGCGGAUCCGGAGACUUCUCCUCAUAGCACCAAUACGCCGCACCUCCGCGACUCAUUCGGCGCAGCACCCCGCCCUGCUGUACCUGUAGGAGUACUUUCACAGUUGUCAUCGGGGUCGUGCUGGAUAAGAGCUGGACACAUUCCGCAUUUGAGGAGCAGAUACAUUUUCAUUCUUUCAUGGGUUCAGAAGACCAGGGAGAUGAUUUCAAUGGUGAUCAUCUUGUAAUCGUAACUGGCUGUUAACUCACAGAGGUCACCAAGAGACAAGAGCCCCAAGGCUGUCACUAGUUUCAUCUCGCAGAGGUCGACUGCUUCUGCAAGAUACUCAAGAGUUGGCUGCCAUGGCAGUGUCCAACUUGGGUGAACUAUCACAACAGGAGGCAAGCAUGGACUCCAGGGAUCCAUCUGCCACCAUUACUGGCACAGUAACUACUUCCGGUCCAAACUUCUCAAAAGCCCUGGAGGAACAACCUUUCACCUUAGAACAACCCACGUUCCUUAUGACAACUACUGCUCAAGCCAUCUCAGGUUUCUUUGUCUGGACUGCCCUGCUUAUCACCUGCCACCAGAUCUAUAUGCACCUGCGCUCUUACAGUUGUCCCAAUGAACAGCGCCACAUUGUGCGGAUCCUCUUCAUUGUCCCAAUAUAUGCCUUUGACUCUUGGCUUAGCCUCCUCUUCUUCACUAAUGAUCAAUACUAUGUUUACUUUGACACAGUAAGGGAUUGCUAUGAAGCAUUUGUCAUCUACAACUUCCUGAGCCUUUGUUAUGAAUACCUUGGGGGUGAAAGCAACAUCAUGACAGAGAUCCGCGGGAAGCCUAUUGAGUCCAGCUGUAUGUAUGGUACGUGCUGCCUCUGGGGAAAGACUUAUUCUAUUGGCUUCCUGCGUUUCUGUAAACAGGCUACUCUGCAGUUCUGUGUAGUGAAACCACUAAUGGCAGCUAUAACCGUGAUUCUGCAGGCCUUUGGGAAGUACAGGGAUGGCGAUUUUAAUGUGGCAAGUGGUUACCUCUAUGUGACCAUUAUCUACAACAUCUCCGUCAGUUUGGCACUCUAUGCUCUCUUUCUCUUCUACUUCGCCACAAGGGAGCUGCUCAACCCAUACAGCCCAGUUCUCAAGUUUUUUAUGGUGAAAUCCGUCAUCUUUCUGUCCUUCUGGCAAGGAAUGCUACUAGCCAUAAUGGAGAAGUGUGGAGCCAUCCCCAAAAUUGACUCUGCAGAGGUGUCUGUGGGAGAGGGAACAGUGGCUGCUGGAUACCAGAACUUUAUCAUCUGUGUGGAAAUGUUUUUUGCGGCUAUUGCUUUACGCUAUGCUUUUACUUACAAGGUUUACUUAGACAAGCGUCUGGAUGCCCAGGCUGUUCCAACCUAUGGCCCAUAUGGCCGCUGUGCCCCAAUGAAGAGCAUCUCGAGCAGCUUGAAAGAGACCAUGAAUCCCCAUGACAUUGUCCAAGAUGCCAUCCACAACUUCUCUCCAGCAUACCAGCAGUACACCCAGCAAUCUACUCUAGAACAAGGCACGAGCUGGCGCAAUGGACAGAUAAUUUCUAGAUCACAGAGUGUAUCAGGAGCUCGGGACACAGAGAAGACUUUGCUUCUGAGUUCUGACGAUGAGUUCUGAUGGGGAAGAUGAAACAGACUGACUCCCGACUGAAAGAGAAAGAAAGAACAGCCAACCAACAAUCUGUAGCUCUGCAAGGAAUUGUUGUCCCUUUUCCUUUAUCCUUCCUGGAUGGACUUCCAGUAACUGUUAAUAACAGAAGUUCUAUGAAUCUUUGGCUAUUUAGGUUGGUUGCAGAGAGUUUCUGUUCUGUUCUGUUCCCAGCAGUGGCGAAUCUUAUUAUUUGUGUUCUUUUAAUCUUUCUACCUUCAAAUCUGUGCCCCAAAAACCCGGAAUUUAUUCAGUCCAGUAGGAUAUGCCAGAUAACAGGUUGAUGUUUGUGUAAAAAGGCUAAACAUCUCUGCUAUGUUGUCAGGCCAACACGAAUAUGGACUUGUAUUAAAACAGGCCAAAAGGAACGUGGGCUAAUAUUAGAAUAGAGCCUUGAAUACUCUAUGUAGAUAUUGUGACUAUGUCAUAACUAUGUUAAUAGUCUGAACACAGACUAAAAAUUAAUAUGAUCCUAAAAACCAAACUUACAAGGUACAACCACAACAGUUAGAUUGUUUUGCUUUAUGAGCUAUAUACUGUAUGCUGGGUAAUGUGUUCUGUGUUGUGUGCUACAGUUAUGAGGAGAUGCCCCACAGAUGCUGCAAGGUCAUGUUGUUUUGUGGUUCAGAACCAUUUCUUGCCAGGGAUUAGUUGUUACAUCUCCCUCUUACAGUGCAAGGGAUCAUGGGAAAUAAUACCAGUAUAGCUUUUAGUCUGGUAUCCUCCAUUACUGAUCUGUGCAGCCUUCUUAGGACAGUUUCUGCAGUCAUUGCUUGUUCUUUAGUACACAUCAAAGCAUGUCAGCUGCAACAGAAAACCAUGAUAGGUUUAAAGGAGAACCGCACAUAAAAGGUAGUAUUUGCAGGGUGGAGUCUUCUACAAAUCUGCAUCAUUUUUCUUACCUGCUGCUAAAAGUAAAAGUAACGCAACAGGUUUGAGGGGCACAUUGCAAGUGAAAAUUCCUUAGAGGUAUGGGAUCUGGAUCUGGAAAACAGUUAUCCGGAAAGCUCAGAAUUACAGAAAGGCCACCUUCCAUAGACUCCAUUAUAACCCAUAUUGUCAAAAAUUAUUUCCUUUUUCUUUGUAAUAAUAAAACCGUACCGUGUACUUGAUCCCAACUAAGAUUUAAUUAAUCCUUAUUGGUUGCGAAAUCAUCUUAUUGGGUUUAUUUAAUGUUUACACGAUUUUCUAGUAGACUUAAGGUAUGAAGAUCGAAAUCACAGAAAGAUCCUUUAUCUGGAAACCCCAAGGUCCUGAGCAUUCUGGAUAACAGGUCCAACACAUGUAGCAUGAUAAGGUACCCUCCAACCCAACUGCACUACUCAACAGGUAAAUACAACUGGGUAGAGUUGGAGUGGCCAAUGGGUGAGGAGAGGACGGGCUCUCAGGAAAUACUACCUUUUAUAGGCUUUCUUUUCCUUUAAGGGAAUGAUCAACCGUCUAUUGUACCCCAUCUACUGCUGCACUGCACUUUCCAACAAUGCUGAAAAUGGAGGAGGUACAUGUUGAAGAUCACUGUCUCAGUGGCAUUGUCUGAAUUCUUUGACAUUAAAUUCUGCUAUCCUGCUGGUUUUUUUUCCACACUAAGUUUGAAAUAAUGACCCGAGUUAUUUGAGGUUUGUGUUUCAGAGCCUCUCACACUGGUCAUGGCUUGGCCUCUGCUAUCAAACUAAUGGUUGCACUUGAGAGUGUGUAUACAUAAGUAUAAUACAAAUACCAACUGCUUUAGUA